AUGACCACCGCACCACCAACUACCAUCUCCCGUCCAGAGGUAUCCGAACCAAAUGCGCCGGAAUUCGACUUUGUAGCCAAAAAAGCGAAAGACUCUUUCGGAUAUAUCAAUUUCACAGUCUUACAAUGGAUAGACUCCAAACACACUCUCAAGAGGAUAUACUCUACUCAUCCUGAAGAUUAUCCUGUAGGAGGGGAAAAGACCAUGACUCGUGGUGCACCCUGGCCUACAACAGUCAUCAAAGCUAGACAGCCCUACGCCUCAUGGAAUAUCGAAGAGCUCCGAUCGACCUAUGUAGAUGCCCCCUACCUUAUAGCGUUAGGUAUACAUCAGACAAUUUGCGUACCGAUAUUUGACGAGGCGGGAAAUACAGUCGCAGCUCUGAAUUUCUCAGGAGGUGAAGAUCAGUAUGAUAAACAGAUAUUAGAGGAGAUGGAGAAGAUCGCAGAGAAUGAAGGGACCGAGGCUUUCAGAAGAUACAUCGCUACUGUUUAG